AUGCCUCCGAAAGCAGCAGGAACCAAGAAGGCCGCGCCAGCGCCCUUCCCGGCCUCCAAGGCCGGUGCUGGCAAGAAGCAGGCCAAGAACCCUCUCAUCGAGCGCCGCCCACGCAACUUCGGUAUCGGUCAGGACAUCCAGCCCCGACGCAACCUUUCGCGUAUGGUGAAGUGGCCCGAGUACGUUCGUCUUCAGCGCCAACGUAAGGUCCUCAACCUCCGCCUCAAGGUCCCUCCGGCGAUCGCACAAUUCAACAACACCCUCGACCGUAACACCGCCGCCCAGACCUUCAAGUUCCUCAACAAGUACCGUCCUGAGACCAAGCCUGAGAAGAAGGAGCGUCUGUUGAAGGAGGCCACUGCUGUUGCCGAGGGCAAGAAGAAGGAGGAUGUCAGCAAGAAGCCCUACACUGUCAAGUACGGUCUCAACCACGUUGUCGCCCUCAUCGAAGCCAAGAAGACCGCCCUCGUCCUCAUCCCCAACGACGUUGACCCGAUCGAGCUCGUCAUCUUCCUCCCCGCCCUCUGCAGGAAGAUGGGUGUCCCAUACGCCAUCGUAAAGGGCAAGGCCCGUCUUGGAACUGUCGUCCACAAGAAGACCGCCGCCGCCCUCGCCAUCACCGAAGUCCGAAGUGAGGACAAGUCAGAGCUCUCCAAGUUGGUCCAGUCCAUCAAGGAGGGAUACCUCGAGAAGAACGAGGAGGCCAAGCGUCACUGGGGUGGUGGUAUCAUGGGUGCCAAGGCCCAGGCUCACCAGCGCAAGAAGGCCGAACGGGCCGAGCGUGAAAUUAAGAUCUAG